AACUUUGUAUAUAGACAGAAAUCAUUACGUAUGGUAUAAUAAAGAGCUGUGAGACUAAAAAUGAGUGCUCUGCUCUUUCUUCUUAUCCUGGUUCUCAUCGUCAAUAUUUUGUCUGUGCAAUAUUCAUAUGCUCAGAAGAGCACAAUCUCCGCAGUUUUCGUGUUCGGAGACUCUACCGUUGACACCGGAAACAACGACUACAUUCCCACCAUAUCUAGAGGUAACUUCCCGCCUUACGGGAAAGAUUUUGAAAAUCAUGAGCCCACUGGAAGGUUCAGCAAUGGCCGGCUUGUCACCGAUUUUGUCGUUGAAUUCGUGGGGUUGAAGAAGAAUUUGCCACCUUACUUGGAUCCUAGUUUAACCAUUGAAGACCUCAUGACUGGUGUUUGCUUUGCCUCUGCUGGUGCUGGUUUCGAUCCACUUACCUCCCAAAUUGGUAUGUGCCUUACGCAAUCGCAACAACUAGACUUGUUCAAAGAAUAUAAAGUGAAAAUGGAGGCGGCAAUAGGCAAGGAAAGAACCGAUGAUUUGGUUAGGAGGGCAGGGUACCUUCUUAGCUCGGGCACCAACGAUUUUUCUUUCAACUACUACGGACCUUUACCCAUUCGACGCAAGGAUUAUCCCACUAUCGCUCAAUAUAAACAAUUUCAGUGGCAACUGGUUGAACAGUUCUUGCAGGGCCUAUUGGAUGAGGGUGCACAGAAAAUUGGGGUGGUGGGUUUGCCCCCAAUCGGAUGCUUGCCUGCUAUCAUCACACUUAACUCAAAGAGCCCCAUCUUCGGUCGAGAAUGUAACGAAACUUAUAAUGCACUAGCAAGAGAUGUGAAUCAAAUGCUAGAAACUAAUAUUAAAACCCUUGAAAGACCAGGCACAAAGAUCGUGUAUGCGGAUAUAUACACCCCUAUCAUCAACAUGGUUGAACAAAAGUCUCAAUACGGUUUUGAAGAAUCUCAUAAGGGUUGUUGUGGAACUGGGUUGAUAGAAGCAGAUUUUGGGUGCAACCCAAAAUCUCCAUUGUGUGAUGAUGUCUUAAAAUAUGUAUUUUGGGAUGCUUUUCAUCCGACUGAAAAGGGAUACCGCAUUAUUUUUGACUCCCUUAAACCCCUAAUUCAGAAGAACUUAGCAUGAGCGAGACUUUAUUAUUUGGAUCUUCAAUUCUAGUUCGUUUAUUUUCAACUGUAAUACGUUUUUGUCAAUAAAAUUUUCAAAGGAUCUAUGAUGUUAA